AUGGAUUUUCCCAACUGUACUGAAGGGGUGUAUGCUACAAGCAGCGGCGAGUACAGUGACCUGGAGACCACCACACUGCCUCCCAGGAAGAUCAUCCUUUCAGUGACGCUCUCCGUGCUGGCCAUUUUGACCACGUUCCUCAACUGCUUGGUGAUCACAGCUAUCGCUGUCACCCGCAAGUUACAUCACCCUGCCAACUACCUCAUCUGCUCUCUGGCGGUGACUGACCUGCUGGUGGCCGUUCUCGUCAUGCCCUUUAGUAUCAUAUACAUUCAGAAAGAAAGCUGGGUCAUGGGUAAGGUGGUGUGCACCAUCUGGUUAAGUGUGGACAUCACCUGCUGCACAUGCUCUAUCCUUCACCUAGCUGCCAUCGCCAUAGACCGCUACAGGGCCAUCACAGACGCUGUGGAGUACUCACGCAAACGCACAGGGGCCCGGGCAGGAGCCAUGGUGGCCGUCGUGUGGCUCUUGUCUAUCCUUAUUUCGCUUCCUCCUCUUCUAUGGCGGUACUACACGGGGGAUGCAGAUCAGGAAGACCAAUGUAUCAUCCUCCACCAUCAUAUCGCCUUCACCUUGUACUCCACCCUCGGGGCGUUUUACAUCCCCCUUUUGCUCAUCCUCAUCCUCUACUUUAAAAUAUACCGAGCUGCUCAGACCCUUUACAUGCGAAGGGAGGCCAGCAGGGCGAGCCGCCACUCGUGCAUGACCAACGGGAGCAUGAUCCCUUCCACCUACCCCGCCGGAGACAUCGGUGACGGGGGGCCUCGGAGUCCGGACCCCGUCAGCCCACAAGAUAAAUCGUUCUCCGACCCUUCGACGGAGGAGCCACCUCGCGAACGGGUACGUAUUUCCGUCAAAAAGUUCCACUGCAAGGGCCGCCGGCAUGACUCACGCAGUGAGUCACGGAGGAGCCAGCUCUCCCAAGGACCACGCAUCUCGGGGUCGCGGGAACGCAAGGCUGCAUCCACCCUCGGCUUGAUUAUCGGGGCGUUUGUCAUUUGCUGGUUGCCCUUUUUUGUCAAGGAAGUGAUCGUUAACACAUGCAGCUCUUGCAGCACAUCAAUGGAGAUGGCUGACUUUCUGACGUGGCUUGGAUAUAUCAACUCCCUCAUCAACCCCCUCAUCUACACUAUCUUUAAUGAGGAUUUCAAAAAGGCGUUCCAAAGACUGGUUAAAUGCAGUAGUUACCUCUGA